AUGGGACGACAAGUCUUAGUCAUUUUCGCCGUGUUCUUGGUAUUCGGAGCUUUCUACAACCUUACUACUGUGUACCUUCACCACCGAAGAGUGGGGCCCUUAAAAGUCGAGCCCGUGACACCAAUGCCGUUUCACGAGCGAAAAACGAGAAUCGGGAAGUCGCUUUUCCACAUUGCUGUUACAGGGGAAGACUCGACUUACAGCAAAUGGCAAUGCCGUAUUAUGUACUAUUGGUUUAAGAAGAAAAAGGAUUUGCCGGGAUCUGAAAUGGGUGGGCUCACUCGAAUUCUUCACUCGGGAGUUUCGGAUGAUUUGAUGAACGAGAUUCCUACUUUCGUAGUCGAUCCUCUUCCUGAAGGUAUGGAUAAGGGAUAUGUCGUCUUGAACAGACCAUGGGCUUUCGUGCAGUGGCUGAAAAAAGCCGAAAUUAAAGAAGAAUAUGUGUUAAUGGCAGAACCCGAUCACAUAUUUUUGAAACCGUUGCCAAAUUUGGUGUACGAAAAAUAUCCUGCGGCUUACUCGUUUUUCUACAUCAAACCGGUGAAGUACGCGAAAAUCGUGAGGAAGUUUUUCCCCAAGAACAUGGGCCCCAUAGCAAAUGUGGAUCCUAUUGGUAAUUCUCCUGUUAUAAUCAAGAAGAGUCUGCUGGAAAAAAUCGCGCCUACUUGGAUGAAUGUCUCGCUGGAUAUGAAAAACGACAAGGAGACUGACGAGAAGUUUGGUUGGGUGCUCGAAAUGUAUGCGUAUGCUGUGGCCUCUGCUCUUCACGGCGUGCAACAUAUUCUCCGAAAAGACUUCAUGCUGCAGCCUCCACUUGACAGGGAAACCGAAGGCAAAUUCAUUCUUCAUUAUACGUACGGUUGUGACUACAAUUCCGAGGGUGAACUGUUGAUCGAUGAAAAAGGCGAGUGGAGGUUUGAUAAGAGAGAUUACUUACACAGCCCACCACCUCGAAAUCUAACUUGGCCCCCUCAAGGUGCUCCCGAAAGUGUGGCAACUCUCGUAAAGUUGAUCAAUGAAGCUACUGCAAACCUUCCUAAUUGGGAUUCAUCAGAACAUACAUGA